CAUGUCUGCUCUCCCGGCGGAACCAUGUGCUGAAGCACCUAAGGAAUAUCAAAAUGGAGCCUCCCCUUCCCCAGAAACCGGGGGGAGCUGCCAGACCCCGGUGCUUUGGGGAGCUCGUUAUGGGGUACGUGGCUCCCUGCAUCCGCUCUCCCCGUGUCGUAAGCCUUCACAAGCAUUUCGCGUAACGUACAGCCUUGAACGAGCCCCUUUACGUGUGGGUUUGAAGAGGAAAGCGGUGUUUGCACCGCUGAGGGGCCAGCCGUGCACUUUGAGCUACAGACCGAGAGCGGGGCUGACCUGAGCCGCUCCGGCAGCAAAAGGGCUGAAGCAAAGCCGUGGGGUGCGCCGGGCUGGAGGCAUGAAGUUCCCGCCUUUCCCUUUGCCGCACCGGCUAAAUACACUGGGAUUUCCAGGGCUGGGAGUUGGCAGGGGUAAUCCCCGGGGAACCAUUUGUUUUCCGAGGGGGGAUAACGUCCAGCCGCCGGGAAGGCUGCGCCCUCCUCUACCCCUGCCGGUGCCAGGAGAGUUGGAACAGCCCAGGACGAUGUGCGAGAUUAGGAAAGGUGUGUGCUAAUUAAUGGGAGCGCUGGGCUGCCCCUCGGCUGGAGCCACACGCGUGGAUGCGGCGGGGGAGUGCGCGUCCCCUCCCCGUCCCUGCCCGCGCCCACAAAAGGAUCGCGCCCGCGGCACCCCACGGACCGCUCGCCCCACGCCUCGCCCCGCUCCUAUGUCACAGCUCGAAGCGACGGCAUGAAGAAAUCCUCGUAUUCAGGAAUCACCCGGACCUCCAGCGGGAGACUUCGGAGACUCAGUGACCAGACAAGUCCAACUCUGAAAAGAUCUUUUGAGGUCGAGGAGGUAGAUCAGUCUUCAAAUUCCUCCACCCCACAAAGACGGACCCCAAACCCCCUCCUCAGGUCCACCGUGUCCAGCUCCACACAGAAGUUUCAGGAACUCGGCGCCAGGAAUUCGGAGCCCGCCCGACAUGCGGACCCCAUAGGUCAAAGAUCACCCAAGCCCUCUCUGAGGAGAGUGGAGCUCUCUGGACCCAAACUGCCCGAGCCGGUGUCCAGAAGAACAGAAAUCUCCAUUGACAUCUCAUCCAAGCAGGUGGAGAACUCCACCUCAGGGUUGUCAAGGUUUGGCCUCAAAAGAGCAGAUGUGCUGGGGCACAAACCCCCCGAGCCCACCCCAAGGAGGACUGAGAUCACCCUCGGCAAGGCCCAGGAGCCGGGUCUCCGGAGGGUGGAGGCGCCGGCAUCAAAGAUCCCGGAGAUGCCCCAGAGAAGAGCCGAGACGUCCAACGCUCCUGUGCCCGACACGGCCACCAAGCGCGUGGAAAUUCAGGUAGCGAAGGCUGCCGAGGUCCCAGCCCCGCCGGCGCGGCAAGCGGAGAGUUCGGAGCCUCCCCUGGCCGCUCAGCCUCCCCAGGCAGAGCCAAAGCCGCAGCCGGUGCCGAUGGAGAGCCCACCAAAGAGAGAAGAAGGUCCAGAGGCAGUUCCCAGCCACGCACCCGGCAUGACGGACGCUCCGCGGGAUGCCGGCCCCAAGCAGCCGGCGCCGACGCGGCCAGAGAAACCGGCCGCGGACUUUGGCUACGUGGGGAUAGACGCCAUCCUGGAGCAGAUGAGACGGAAAGCCAUGAAGCAGGGGUUCGAGUUCAACAUCAUGGUCGUGGGUCAGAGCGGCUUGGGGAAAUCUACGUUAAUCAACACCCUCUUCAAAUCCAAAAUUAGCCGGAAAUCUGUACAGCCGACUUCUGAAGAGCGGAUCCCCAAGACCAUUGAAAUCAAAUCCAUCACUCACGAGAUUGAAGAGAAGGGGGUUCGCAUGAAGCUGACGGUCAUCGACACCCCGGGCUUUGGAGACCACAUCAACAACGAGAACUGCUGGCAGCCCAUCAUGAAGUUCAUCAAUGACCAGUACGAGAAGUACCUGCAGGAGGAAAUCAACAUUAACCGGAAGAAGCGGAUCCCCGACACGCGAGUGCACUGCUGUAUAUACUUUAUCCCAGCCACCGGCCACUCGCUCCGACCGCUAGACAUCGAGUUCAUGAAACGCCUGAGCAAAGUGGUCAACAUCGUCCCCGUGAUUGCAAAAGCCGACACGUUAACGCUGGAGGAGAGGGACUAUUUCAAACAAAGGAUAAUGGCCGAUCUUCUUGCCAAUGGCAUCGACGUGUAUCCUCAGAAGGAGUUUGAUGAAGACUCUGAAGAUCGGCUAGUGAACGAGAAAUUCAGGGAAAUGAUCCCGUUUGCAGUGGUGGGCAGUGACCAGGAAUACCAGGUUAAUGGAAGAAGAAUCCUUGGAAGGAAGACCAAGUGGGGCACCAUUGAAGUGGAGAACACGACACACUGUGAGUUCGCCUACCUGCGGGACCUCCUCAUCAGGACACACAUGCAGAACAUAAAGGAUAUUACCAGCAACAUCCACUUCGAAGCCUACAGGGUCAAGAGGCUGAACGAGGGCCAGAGCUCGCUCUCCAACGGCGUGACCGACAAAGAGCUGGUGGCUAACGAAAUGUAACCGUCUCGCUCCGUAGCCAGGACCUUGCUCGCUCACGCUCGCUAUUUCUCCCCUCUUCCCCCUUUAUUUUUAUAUAAAUCCUCUGCCACUGUCCCUCUUCCCACCCCCCAGCCCCCUGCCAAUGUUAACUGACCAAAUAACCAGACGCCGUCUCUGUCGUGCGGAGCGGGGCGACCGCUCAUCCCCCCCCCCAGCUUUGUGGCACGGGUUUUCUUCUCAGCCCCCGGCCCAGCAUCCCUGGGCUGGGGACCGUCCCCCCGCGGAGGUCGGGCUCUUGCUGUCACCCCGUGCUGGCCUGACAGCCCAGCUCGGGGGAGCAGAUCCGCGGGGUUGGGGUGCCCCCGGGAGCCCUGCCUGCCCCUCCGUGCAGAGGCUCUUCUCCGUCCGUUGAAGGCAAGGGUUUCUCCAGGUGAACGUAGCCUUCGGAAGCAAGGUACGGUGGUGCGAAGAGAGCAAGACGGUGCCAUCCUUGUCUCCUGCUGCCUCCUCCGAGCCCUCUGCAGCCCCCGACCCAACCCCUCUACCCUGCCUACAUGCAAUAAACUGGGAGUGUUUAGGUGUCACCUCGCCUGUCACCGACCCCCGGCCAGGCAGAGCGACCUGCUUUGGGAGAAGUGCCUUUUCAGACUGCUACCUUGCAAUAGCGUGGGAGAGGGGAGGGAGGGAGGGCUUGUUUUGUCUGUCUUUGCAGCCUGCAAAAGGCCUGCGAUACUUUGUAGAGACUCCUUUUCCCUCUCCCUCGGACCAUAGAUGUGGCUGAUGUCCCGCGAACACUUGUGUAUUUAUUUUUCAUUCGGUUGGCUGGGUUUUUGAUUUUUUUUUUUCCGCCAAAGGCUCGGAGUGUGUCCAAAGGGGGCUGAGAGCGGAACGUCUCUGCAAAGUGGUGGGGGGGGCGGAGGGUUGUCUUGUCUGACCCUUGCGAUGCUCGGGGUUUUCCCUACGUCAGAGGAGGCUGUUGGGUAUUUCAUAAUUAUUUUUUUAUUUUUUGGAUCCCCAGUGUGACGUGUGUACAUGUAUCACGCUCCUCUCUUUUGCUUGUGCGAGGGCACUGUGAACGUGCGGACCGAGUCCUGCAGCCAUGGGGAGGGCUGGGAUGGCGUUUGUGGGUGCUGCGCCCCGUGGUCCCCCAUGCUCUUACCUCCCCCCGCACCUCCUCUUUCAGCGAGUCUCCAGUAAAUAAGACCCUGCGAGGGGGGUGGGCUAAAUAACGCCGUGACACAGGAGCAGAGCUCUGCAGUCCUGCCCCCCAGCCCCGGCUCCGCUUGCCUUUCUCUUGUGCGCUCCGUCAGUCUCCGUAUCCUCUCUAAGGGAUCAAGCUUUCUGCAAAUCACCUUUUUUGGGGGGCACCUACUAAAAUGACAGCAUGUACCAUCCUUUAGCACUGGAAGGCACCUGCAGAGCCCACCCAAUGGUCUCCCUGGCGGGGGGGGGGGGGGGGGCAGAGCCACCUUCUUCAGCACAGGUGACCCGGAGGAAGGAGGAGGUUGCUCUCAUCUUGGUGGGGAUGCCCAGGUAACAUUGCUCAGCGGAGGGUUUGCAGGGGCUCCCCACACAUGUGUGACACCCCCGUCCCCAGCAACCAAAGGGGUGCAUGCUGGGGGGGGGGGGGGUUGCAUCGCCAGGAGAAUCCGCUCUCCCCCUCAACUCAUAUUUUUUCCCCCCUCCCCACAACAGCACGACGGAGUUGUUGGGGAAGAACAACUAUCUACUUGCUGACUUGCUAUAUUUUAGCAAAAACAAAACCAAAAAAAGUGUAUUAACUGAAAAAAAAUAUAUAUUUCAAGCGUUUAAAAAAAGACUAUGAAAGGGGAGAAAAAUCUCUUGUGUGAGGCACUUCUGCAAAUGUCAUCUUAAACUUUUUUUUUCCUCUAGUUGGUAUCUCAAGCUGGGCCAAGCAAGACACGCCGCUUUCUCCUUUGUAACCUGAUUUUGUUUUUGGAAGAAAAAAAAAAUACAAUAAAAAAAAAAACCAAACCCUUCAUCCAGAUCUAUUAAAAUGGCCUUUUGGGGGUUAUAAGCAUUAUGACAAAUUUAGUCCAUUUUUGUAUAAAUAAUAGUGUUUAAUAUGUAUUUCCCAAAAUAAAUGUUUCGAAUGCAAAUAGAAGGA